UUUUCUGUGAACAAGCCCACGCCUAGCCGAUGACGCUGCCUCGCAGCUGAGCCCCAUUGGUCUGUUCGUUGUCACUCAAGGUUGCGCUGUAAAUUUUCCGUGACGUGAUUGGCUGCAUUGUACAUCCAUCAGCGCUGCUGCCUGUGAUUGGGUGCUCCAAGUGAAACGAUAUGCUAAAAAAAAAAAAAAAAAAAAAAAAAAAUUGAGGAUUUUCGCAAGGCACAAGAGCAAAGCCGCCUGUGCGGCCAGGAGAGACGAGAAGGUGGGCUUCACACUUUGCACCUGUGAAGAAGAAGAAGAAGAAGAAGAAGAAGUGCGAGGCUUUUAAAGACUCAUUAAACACAAGAUAUAAAGAAGUCCGUGUACCACAACAAGAUGCAAACAGAGCAAAGUUGAGAAGAGGCGAGGACUUUGUGUGAAGAAAAUGUCGUCGGAAGUCUUCUCUUCAGGCGGACAGGGUGCACUGACUGAGCGGCUGUGGUGAGCAGGGCUGGUCGUCGUGCAGGAAGAUUGGCUUCGGAGAGAAAUAAGUGCGAACAUGGCUGACAGAACAGCUCCAAACUGCCAUCUGCGUCUGGAGUGGGUUUACGGCUACCGGGGCCACCAGUGCCGCAACAACCUGUACUACACCGCCGCCAAGGAGAUCGUCUACUUCGUGGCAGGUGUAGGAGUUGUCUACAACACACGGGAACACAAGCAGAAAUUUUACCUGGGUCACAACGACGACAUAAUCAGUUUAGCUCUGCACCCAGAGCGUGUGUUAGUGGCCACGGGACAGGUGGGGAAGGAGCCAUAUAUCUGCGUGUGGGACUCCUAUACCGUCCAGACAGUGUCCAUCCUGAAGGACAUGCACACACACGGCAUUGCCUGUCUCGCCUUCGACCUCGACGGACAGUGUUUGGUGUCUGUUGGUCUUGACUCCAAGAACACAAUCUGUAUAUGGGACUGGAGGAAAGGAAAAGUGUUGGCAGCUGCUCCCGGUCAUACAGACAGGAUAUUUGACAUAUCAUGGGACCUGUAUCAGCAGAGCAAGUUGGUGAGCUGUGGAGUCAAGCAUAUUAAGUUCUGGAGUUUGUGCGGGAAUGCUCUGACCCCUAAACGUGGUGUGUUUGGAAGGACUGGCGAGCUGCAGACCAUCCUCUGUGUGGCAUGUGCCAGGGAUGAGGUCACAUACUCUGGUGCCUUGAACGGGGACAUCUACGUCUGGAAGGGAAUCAACCUGAUACGGACCAUACAGGGGGCACAUGGGUCAGGGAUUUUCAGCAUGAAUGCAUGUGAAGAGGGCUUUGCCACUGGUGGCAGGGACGGCUGCAUCCGACUGUGGGACCUGAGCUUCAAACCUAUCACUGUCAUCGACCUCAGGGAAACGGACCAGGGAUAUAAAGGACUGUCAGUGCGCAGUGUGUGCUGGAGAGGGGACCACAUCUUGGUGGGCACUCAGGACAGCGAGAUUUUUGAGGUGGUGGUGCAUGACCGCACCAAGCCUUUCCUCAUCAUGCAGGGCCAUUGUGAAGGCGAGCUCUGGGCCCUGGCGGUGCACCCCACCAAACCCCUGGCCAUUACUGGCAGUGAUGACCGAUCUGUCCGGAUAUGGAGCCUGAUAGACCAUGCUUUGAUAGCACGCUGUAACAUGGAGGAGCCCAUCCGCUGUGCAGCAGUGAGCACUGACGGCAUCCACCUGGCACUGGGUAUGAAGGAUGGCUCCUUCACUGUGCUGAGAGUCAGGGACAUGACAGAAGUGGUGCACAUCAAAGACCGCAAGGAAGCCGUUCAUGAGCUAAAGUACUCUCCUGAUGGGGCUCACCUGGCCGUGGGCUCCAAUGACAACUCGAUAGAUAUCUACGGCGUGGUGCAGCGCUAUAAGAAGGUGGGCGAAUGUGUAGGCUCCACCAGCUUCAUCACGCACAUGGACUGGUCCAGUGACAGCAAAUACCUGCAGACCAACGAUGGCAGUGGCAGGAGGCUAUUCUACAGAAUGCCCACUGGGAAGGAGGUAACAAAUCGAGAAGAGCUGAAGCUAGUCCAGUGGUCCUCAUGGACCUGUGUUCUUGGUCCAGAAGUGAACGGGAUAUGGCCCAAAUACUCUGACAUCAAUGACAUCAACUCUGUAGAUGCCAACUUCUCAAGUCAAAUUUUAGUAACGGCUGAUGAUUACGGAUUAGUUAAAUUAUUGCGAUAUCCAUGCAUAAAGAAAGGUGCAAAAUUCAAAAAAUAUUUAGGGCACUCUGCACACAUAACCAAUGUUAGGUGGUCACAUGAUUAUCAGUGGGUGAUAACUAUUGGUGGAGCUGACCAUUCAGUGUUCCAGUGGAAAUUUAUACCUGAAAGGAAGUCAAAAGAUACUCUCCAUAUAGCCCCACAAGAGAUGUUGGCAGAUUCAAACAGUGAGGAGUCGGAUUCUGACCAAUCAGACGUGCCUGAGUUGGACUCAGAGAUUGAGCAAGAAACACAGCUUACGUACCGACGACAGGUUUACAAAGAAGAUCUACCUCAACUUAAAGUGCAGUACAAAGAAAAGCAUCGAGUGGCAGCUAUGAAAAAAAGAGAAAGACCUCCAGCCAAUGGACUAAGAUUGCACUUUAUACAUGGUUACCGAGGCUAUGACUGCAGGAGUAACCUGUUCUACACUCAGACCGGGGAGAUUGUGUACCAUGUCGCUGCUGUGGGGGUGGUGUAUAACAGACAGCAGAACACACAACGCUUCUACCUGGGCCAUGACGAUGACAUCCUCUGUCUGGCCAUCCACCCCAUCAAAGAUUACGUAGCUACAGGCCAAGUGGGAAGAGACUCUUCCAUACACAUCUGGGAAACAGAGUUUUUGAAGCCUCUGUCUGUUCUCAAAGGAUUCCACCAAUUUGGAGUGUGUGCACUUGACUUCUCAGCGGAUGGAAAGCGACUGGCCUCAGUGGGUCUGGAUGACAAUCACACCAUUGUGCUUUGGGACUGGAGGAAAGGAGAGAAGCUCUCAGCUUUCCGGGGGAGCAAGGACAAGAUAUUUGUUGUUAAAAUCAAUCCAUAUAUGCCUGAUAAGCUCAUUACUGCUGGGGUGAAGCACAUGAAGUUCUGGCAUAAAGCAGGUGGAGGUCUGAUUGGGAAGAAAGGCAGCAUAGGGAAGACUGAGACCAUGAUGUGCGCAGUAUAUGGCUGGACAGAGGAGAUGGUGUUCUCUGGGACAUGCACUGGAGACAUCUGCAUCUGGAGGGACAUGUUCCUAGUGAAGACAGUUAAAGCUCAUGAUGGACCAGUCUUCAGCAUGCAUGCUCUAGAAAAGGGGUUUGUGACUGGUGGGAAAGAUGGAAUAGUUGCUCUGUGGGAUGACACAUUUGAGAGGUGCCUCAAGACAUAUGCUAUUAAGAGAUCUGUGCUUGCCCCAGGGUCCAAAGGAUUAUUACUGGAAGACAACCCCUCCAUUCGUGCCAUAUCUCUGGGACAUGGACACAUACUUGUAGGAACGAAGAAUGGAGAGAUUCUGGAGGUGGACAAAACUGGACCUAUCAUUCUCUUAGUCCAGGGUCAUAUGGAGGGAGAAGUAUGGGGUUUGGCCACCCACCCUCACCUGCCGCUGUGUGCCACUGUGAGUGAUGACAAGACCCUGCGUAUAUGGGACCUCUCUCCCAGCCACUGCAUGCUCGCUGUACGCAAACUCAAGAAAGGUGGUCGCUGCUGCUGUUUCUCUCCGGAUGGCAAGGCUCUGGCAGUAGGUCUAAACGAUGGCAGCUUCCUUAUUGUUAAUGCAGACACUUUGGAGGACCUGGUGUCAUUCCACCACCGCAAGGACAUCAUCUCCGAUAUCCGCUUCUCUCCUGGUGCUGGGAAAUAUUUGGCAGUAGCCUCAGGUGACACGUUUGUGGAUAUAUACAAUGUGAUGAGCAGCAAGAGAGUGGGUGUAUGUAAAGGCUCCAUGAACUAUAUCACUCACCUGGACUGGGACAAAAGAGGGAAGCUUUUGCAGGUCAACACUGCAUCUAAGGAGCAGCUAUUUUUUGAGGCCCCUCGUGGGAAGAAGCAAACCAUUCCUGCCAUAGAGGUGGAGAAGAUUGAGUGGAGCACAUGGACAUGUGUGUUGGGGAGCUCCUGUGAGGGCAUCUGGCCAGUGGUUAGCGAGGUUACUGAGGUAACAACGGCAUGUCUUAGCAAUGACAGACAGGUGCUGGCAACAGGCGAUGACCUUGGAUAUGUAAAGCUCUUCAGGUAUCCUGUUAAGGGAAAAUAUACGAAGUUCAAGCGAUAUGUGGCCCACAGCACCCAUGUGACUAAUGUGCGUUGGACACAUGAUGAUUCUCUGCUGGUGACGGUGGGUGGAGCUGACACGUCUCUGAUGAUUUGGAGCCACGAAACUGAGGGCUGUCGGGAGGUGCGCCAGUGCGAUAGUGAGGAAUCCGACAUUGAGAGUGAAGAUGAUGGGGGGUAUGAUAGUGAUGUGACUCGAGAGAAUGAGAUCAACUAUGUAAUCAAAGCCUUAUCUACCAAUAUGAGACCCAUGGCAGGGGUCAAGCCCCACUUACAGCAAAAAGAGCCUUCAGCUGAUGAAAGGCAGGGGGUAGUCAGGGGCUCAAGACCCCCAGUAAGCAGGGCUUUACCAGUGCCAGAGAAACUGCAAACCAACAAUGUGGGCAAGAAGAAAAGGCCCAUUGAGGACCUGGUGCUAGAACUGGUGUUUGGUUACCGGGGCAACGAUUGCCGGAACAAUGUGCAUUACCUAAAUGAGGGGGCGGAUAUAAUCUACCACACGGCUUCAGUUGGAAUCGUCCUUAACUUAACAACAGCAUGCCAGAGUUUCUAUAUGGAACACAGUGAUGACAUUUUGUGCCUCACCAUUAAUCAACACCCCAAGUUCCCCAAUGUGGUGGCAACUGGCCAAGUAGGUGAUGCUGGUGAUAUGUCAGCCACAUCUCCUUCCAUCCAUGUGUGGGAUGCCAUGAACAAGCAGACGCUGUCUGUGCUGCGCAGCUAUCACUCACGGGGCAUCUGCUCAGUCAGCUUCAGUGCCACUGGCAAGCUGCUCCUCUCUGUCGGCCUGGACCCUGAGCACACUAUCACCAUCUGGAAGUGGCAGGAAGGUGCCAAAGUGGCCAGUCACCCUGGCCACACACAGCGGAUCUUUGUGGCUGAGUUUCGGCCAGACUCGGACACUCAGUUUGUGUCUGUGGGCAUAAAGCAUGUGCGCUUCUGGACGCUCGCUGGCCGGGCUCUGCUCAGCAAGAAAGGAGUGCUCAGCUCCAUCGAGGAUGCCCGCAUGCAGACCAUGCUGUCUGUGGCAUUCGGAGCUAAUAACUUGACAUUUACAGGUACCAUUAGUGGAGAUGUGUGUGUAUGGAAGGAACACAUUCUAGUACGAAUUGUGGCCAAGGCACACACUGGUCCUGUCUUCACCAUGUACACCACGCUGCGAGAUGGCCUCAUCGUCACAGGCGGCAAGGAGCGACCGUCUAAGGAGGGUGGUGCGUUGAAAUUGUGGGAUCAGGAGCUGAAGCGCUGUAGGGCUUUCAGACUGGAGACUGGUCAGAUCAUCGACUGUGUGCGCUCUGUCUGCAGAGGCAAGGGUAAAAUCCUUGUGGGCACACGGAAUGCAGAGAUCAUUGAGGUAGGGGAGAAGAAUGCAGCCUGUAACAUCCUUGUGAAUGGCCACAUGGACGGCCCCAUCUGGGGACUGGGAGCUCACCCUACACGAGACGUUUUUCUGUCUGCUGCAGAGGACGGCACAGUACGCCUCUGGGACAUUCCUGAGAGGAAGAUGCUGAAUAAGGUGAACUUGGGUCAUCCUGCACGCACUGUCAGCUAUAGUCCUGAGGGUGAUAUGGUGGCAAUCGGCAUGAAGAAUGGAGAGUUCAUCAUCCUCCUUGUAACGUCCCUGAAGAUCUGGGGCAAAAAGAGAGAUCGCCGCACUGCCAUCCAGGAUAUCAGGUUCAGUCCAGAUUCACGCUACCUUGCUGUUGGCUCAAGUGAGAAUGCUGUAGAUUUCUAUGACCUGACCUUGGGACCUCAGCUGAACCGCAUUAACUGCUGCAGAGACAUCCCAAGCUUUGUCAUUCAGAUGGACUUUUCUGCUGAUAGCUGUUAUAUACAGUUGUCCACUGGUGCUUAUAAACGGCUGGUUUAUGAAGUGCCUUCUGGAAAGCAUGUGACAGAGCAGGCAGUCAUAGACAGAAUCACCUGGGCCACCUGGACAAGUGUUCUGGGGGAUGAGGUGGUGGGAAUCUGGUCCCGCAACACAGAUAAAGCCGAUGUAACAUGCGCCUGUGUUUCCCAUUCCGGCCUCAACGUGGUCACAGGUGAUGACUUUGGGAUGGUAAAGCUGUUCGACUUUCCAUGUCCAGAGAAAUUUGCCAAACACAAGCGCUUUCUAGGCCACUCAGCCCAUGUGACCAACAUUCGCUUUACCAACGGGGACCGGUAUGUCAUUAGUGCUGGAGGUGACGAUAGAAGUCUGUUUGUAUGGAGGUGUGUCCAUGUUCCUCACUGACACACUCGAUGCCACUGUAGGCCUCGAGGAAAAGUGAAGAGGAGCGAGCGUCCAGGACGGAUGCUCUUGGUGGGUGUUAGUACCCAAUGUUUCCAGAACCAGGUGCAUGUAUCUGAACAAGCGUCCAGUCCCUCCUUUACACCUGCCUGAACCACACUGUACUGUCUGCUCAGUCUCAUUGAUGCUGAAAAAGAGAAUUUAAUUCUCUAAUCUCAUCAAGGUGAUGUCUGAAAUAUACUGUAUGUAUCCCCUUCCCUGUGUUUCCCACUGUCCCUUGUUUGAAGAUGGAAUGUUUUUUUUUUUUAAUUAUUUGUGGUAUGUCUGCAUCAUUGUUCCUUGAGGUGUGUACGAGUUUCUUCCAAUCAAAUGACUAACAAAUGUGUAGCAAGCAAAACAGGAUUAGCCUUAAAGCAGUCUUUUUAAGAUAUGUUGGACCUCUUGGUUUAAAAGUUUCCUUUUUACAUCAUCACACUCUUGUUUUUAUGCGCUUACUACAUCUCGAUGUAUUCGUUCUUUAGUCUGAAAUCUUUUCAUUAACGAUCAGAACUCUUGUGGCCUUCUCCCUGAAUGUAACACAGCUGUUAUAUUCUUGGAUGUCAGCAUGCCAAAGCAUACUAUGCACUGUAUACUUGACCUGCUCACUGUGGUUCUCCAGUGGUCUUUACUGUCGUCCUUGAACAUGGUAUUCACUCAUCAGACCUCAGAUCCUCCCUGCACAUGUAGGUGGCAUUCCUAACCGUAGCAUCUUUAGCUUGAGCAGUAACCGUGAUUUCUGUGUGCAAAAGUGUGUGCGUGUGUGUGUGUGUGUGUGCGUGUGUGUGUAGGUAAGAAAUGUAGGCUCUGUAUCUUGUGUCUCAGAACAAACUUUUAAAGAAAAGAUGAUUCUUAUUAAGUCUAUAAAAAAUAUUAAUAAAUGGGAAGGGAGGAUGUGUGUUGAUGCUGUGUUGCAUCAUAUCAAAUCAUUAUUCAUUGUGCUGCUAAAGCCUUUUAAGGUCAUGUAUCAUGUUUAGGAAAGAGGAACUUGUUUCUUCCAUGAACAGAUUGAAUAUCACUGAACUGGAAUGUUCCAACUCAAGAAAAACAUAAAAGUAAAUGGAGAUUAUAACAUGCAAAAUGUUUUCUAUUUCAUUUGUUGUCAUACUGAUAAAUAGUGCAAGAUGUGUUCAGUGCAUAUUUUGAUUUUCUGAUAUUAAUGUAAAUAUCAAUUGUAAAGGCAUUCUUUUGUAUAUUUUUGUGAAAUGUUUUCUUAAAAGUCAAAUUUGAUUAAAAAAUGAGUGUAUAA